AUGGAAGGAAACCAGAUAAACUUGGACAGCCUUGAGACAGGCACAGAUAACCCAGCUUUCAGGUCUGAGGAGAAUCCCUAUGAGGAAUGUGAUGGUCCACAUGGUGAGAGCAAAGAGGAGAGGACAGGAGAAAGGAAAGGAAGAUUCUCCUCCUACCGCAGGAAGGUCCUGCAGCCAGCAUCCAAGGCAAAGCAAUUCUGCAAGGCUCAUGCCAAGGUGUUGAGAAGGAUUGUCCUGGCACUCCUUGGAGUAGCCUAUCUGUGCUACUUCAUUGCGGCCUGCUACCUCAACUUCCAGCGAGCCCUUGCCUUGGUGGUCAUGACUGCUGUGGCUGUUUUCUUCAUCUGCUGGAGCUUCUUCAAGAAGCACUGUGGGGCAAAGGUACUGCUGCUCCUCCACCCCAUUGGGAAAUGCUUCCAAAAGCUCUGGCCGUGGCUGAAAUGGCUGCUGUAUGGAGGCCUCCUGGGAGGCCUGUUAGCCUGGCUAAUUUUGGACAAUGCCAAAAACCCAGAGCAGCUCAUCUCAUUCGGUGGUUUCUGCUUUUUGGUGCUGUUCCUGUUUGCCUGCUCCAAGCACCACGGCGGUGUGUCCUGGAGAGCUGUUUUCUGGGGUCUUGGCUUGGAGUUCUUACUUGGGCUCUUCGUCAUCCGAACAACCCCUGGCACCCAAGCUUUCCAGUGGCUGGGUGACCAGAUCCAGUACUUCCUGGGCUACACCAAAGCUGGCUCCAGCUUCGUCUUUGGGAACGAACUCAUUGAAGAAGUCUUUGCCUUCCAGAGCCUGCCCAUCAUUGUUUUCUUCAGUUGUGUGAUGUCCAUCCUCUACUAUCUCGGCGUCAUGCAGUGGCUCAUUCUCAAGAUCUCCUGGAUACUUCAGGUCUCAUUGGGCACAACUCCCACUGAGACCCUGAGUGUGGCAGGGAACAUUUUUGUCGGACAGACUGAAGCACCACUGCUCAUCCGCCCGUACCUCGCAGACAUGACCCUGUCAGAAAUCCAUGCUGUGAUGACUGGUGGCUUUUCCACCAUCGCAGGCAGUGUGAUGGGUGCCUACAUAUCCUUUGGGAUCGACGCGGCGUCGCUGAUCGCGGCCUCCGUGAUGGCUGCGCCCUGCGCCCUCGCCAUGUCCAAACUCGUCUACCCCGAAGUGGAGCAGUCCAAGUUCAAGGGCAAGGCAAGCAUCCGUCUCUCCAGUGGGGAAGAGCAGAAUAUCCUGGAAGCUGCCAGCAAUGGGGCAGCUGCCUCUGUGGGCCUCGUGGCCAACAUUGCAGCCAACCUCAUUGCCUUCUUGGCGGUGCUGGAGUUCAUCAACGCUGCUCUGCGCUGGUUCGGGGAGAUGGUGGACAUCGAGGGUCUCACCUUCCAGGUGAUCUGCUCCUAUGUGCUCAUGCCCGUGGCCUUUCUUAUGGGGGCAGACUGGGCAGACUCGCCGGUGGUGGCUGAGCUCCUGGGGAUCAAGAUCUUCCUGAAUGAGUUUGUGGCAUACCAGAAGCUGUCCACGUACAAGAAGAACCGUCUGGCAGGCCUGGAGGAGUGGAAUGGGAGCCAGAAGCAGUGGAUAUCUGAGCGAGCCGAGAGCAUCACCACCUUUGCCCUCUGUGGAUUUGCCAACCUCAGCUCCAUUGGAAUCAUGUUGGGAGGCCUGGCCUCCAUGGUCCCCCAGCGCAAGGGUGACCUUGCCUCCGUGGUGCUGCGAGCCCUGCUCACUGGCAUCUGUGUCUCCAUGCUCAAUGCCUGUCUGGCAGGUCUUCUCUACGUGCCAAAGGAGGUGGGUGACUGCGUGAAAUUCUUCAGCUAUGCCAACUUCAGCUCUACCAGCUACACCAUGUACACCUGCUGCAAUGAGCUCUUUGCCAGCUCAGUGCUCGUGAACGGGACACACUCCUUCACAGGGCCCUGGACUGGGCAGGAGCAGAGUGAGCUGUGGCUGGCAGAGUGCUGUGGGCACUACAACCGCACGAUCUGCACAGCCUAG